AUGGUCCCCAAAUCGCUCUCUCGCCUCCCCAGCUUGCGCUCUCGAGGACUCUGCGCCCCACGGGAUAUACGUCUCUUGUCCACCACUCCGAGCAAAAGCACGAUCCCAAAAGUCCCUCUGUGGAUUAGCGGCAAAGAAGUCUUCGAUUCGAGCGCUGGGACUGUCACGCAGGAACACACCAGGACUAGGCAAGAUAGCUGUGAAGUCGUCGUUGCUGGGGAGAAGGAGACAUCUGAGGCAGCAAGAGUCAGUCGAGAAGCCUUCCAGGCAUGGCGCGGGGUCUCUGCCUGGGAGAGGCGCGCAAUCUUGCGGAAGGUACCGUCACUGAUGCAAGAACGCCUUGAAGAAUGGAAGAGAUUGCUCCUAGCAGAUACUGUGUAUGGGGAAGUUAUGCUAGGAGUCGACCUACACAAUGCUUUGCAUCUCGUGGAUGGUGCUGCUGAGACGUGCGUGUGCUGCGGGUCGUUGCCUCCGACGGUUGACGGCAGCUUGGGUCUCGUGAGCAGGGUGCCUUACGGGCCCGUGCUGAGUAUCCCGGCUUUCAACUUUCCUCUUUGUCUUGCGAUGAGGAGCAUAAUGUAUCCUUUGGCUUGCGGAAACACGGUCAUCCUCCGGGGUUCCUCCGUCAUCCCCCAGGCUUCUGCAUUCUUGGGGCCCCUGUUUGCCGAUGUCGGUAUACCUGAAGGUGUAUUGCAGAUUUUGAACUUUUCAGAGCAUGAUAGUGGUGCGAGAACGUCACAGCUCAUUGCUGACGACAGCGUCCGAUUUGUCAACUUUACCGGCUCGACAAAACUAGGCAGAAACCUGGCGAGACAGUGCGGAGAGCAUCUCAAACCCUCUGUGCUUGAGCUAGGAGGCAAAGCGCCAGCUCUCAUUCUUCCAUCUGCCGAUCUAGAAUUGGCAGCCAACAAUGUCCUCUUCGGUGCUUUCUUCAAUUCUGGCCAAAUCUGCAUGUCCACUGAAAGGGUCAUUGUCCAUCAAGAUGUUGCAGCGGAGUUUGAAAGCAUCCUCAAAAGGGAAGCGGAGAAGGCCAAAUGGAAUGGGGGCAUGGAGCUAGUCAGGCCGAGUGGCGUCGAGACAGCGCAGGCGAUGGCAAAACAGGCCAUCGACUCCGGCGCUCGUAUUGUUUUCUCCGCCCCCGAGAGCUCUACCGAUUUCCCCAACGCCGUCCGCCCGACCAUCUUCACGGACCUGCCCUCCACAGCCACCAUUCUCAACGAAGAGUCCUUCGCCCCCUUUUUCACUCUACAAACUGCACCCGAUAUCCCUUCCAUGAUUCGCCUGGCAAACAGUCACGAAACAGGACUUUCCUCCUCCGUGUUCGGACAGGGACUGGACGCGAUCGAAGUAGCGGAGAAGAUGGAGAUGGGAAAUGUGCACAUCAAUGGAAUGAGUCCGCAUGACCAGCAUGUGCUGCCGCAAGGAGGGACGAAGAAUAGUGGAUGGGGCAGGUUCAAUGGCAAGAGCGCUGUGGAGAGUUUUACACAGAUGAAGGUCAUUAGGAUUGACAGGCAGAGAACAAGAUAUCCUCUAUCUGCUCUGUAUGCUGGAUUAUAG